UCAAAGUUGUAAAUAGAAAUGUAUUUUGCCCGGGAAAUUUUAUAGGUUAUGUUGUUAUGUUUGUUUGGUUGUCUCACUUUUACGUAGAUAAUACUGUUGGAAUAGGUGUAAUUAAAAUUAUCUAGUCUUAAGAAAUAGAAUGUUUUUGUAGGAUAUGAAAUGUACUGAAUUUUUUGCAAAUUUGUACCUAGCUCUGAGCUCUCCAAUAUUUAUUUGUAUGAUAUUUUAUUGAGCUCUAGGAUGAAAUGUGUUAUACCUAGCCAUAAUGUCAAAGGACAGUGUAGUGGUGCUCAAGACAAAAAUCACGAGACAUUCAAUUAAAGGGAAAAUUACUUUGUUGUUGCAAUUAAUUUGUAUGUAUACACACACCAAUAUUCAUACCAAUUAUUCACCGUGUACAUUUUCAUCUGCAUUGCUAAUUAAUGUUUUGGCAAAAGCAUUUCACUCAUUGGGAAGAAUUGGAGAUGAUUUAUUUAUUGAACCUCAAAACGAUCAUUUAGCAUUCAGAACUGUGAACAUGGCAGAGUCAGCGUAUGCCUCAUUUUCUUUUUCUAAGUCAUUUUUUUCUUCCUUCAAUUUUACUGAAGAUGAUGACGAGGAGGCUCUUCGAUGUAAAAUUGCAAUGAAGUCUCUGUUGGUAGUUUUCAAGUCACAACACGGCGAACGUAUGGUUGAAUGGUGCCAAAUAAGACUUGAUCCAAAUGGGACAAAAGUAGUUUUUCAACUUCGUUAUUCCUAUGGCUGUACAAAGACACACUUUCUCCCCAUUCUUGAGAGUGAAACAUUACAGGCAAAUUAUUCCAAAGAAGACUGCCAGAAUAGGUUGUCAGCAUCUCCUAAGUUGCUCAUGACUGCUGUUAAAAAUUUCCGAGCUAACGAACCAGAAGUUACGUUAUGCGUGAUGCCACAAAAGGUACUUCUAAGAAACCACGUGGAGAACAAUAUAGAGUCAAAAAAAGCUCUGAAGACUGAAAUCGGGAUGUACCCAACCGAGUUUGAGGGUUACAACAUAGGAGCCCCUACCUCUGUCACUUUCUGCCUGAAAGAGUUGAGAGCAGUUCUAUUUUUUGCGGAAUACACUGGUCUUUCCAUUCAUUUUUAUUUCAGCACUGCAGGGAGACCAGUAGUUUUUGUUGUCAAGAAUGAUACUGUAUACGAAGCCAACUACGUAGUGUCAACAUUGAGCGAGUCUGGCACAUCGCAGUCGCUUUCGCAGUCUUCAGAGAGUUCCGUGGCAACAAACUCUAGAGCGAAUAUUGCUGUCAACACGAGGAAACGGCCGCAUCAAGAGACCGAGGAGAUGGAGCAAUAUGGCGAUCCUAACUCCCAGACAAAACGAUUCGACAGAUCGGUACACUCACCAACGCCGCUCGCUGUGGCUAAUAGCAUGUGUCAUGCCGGUGUAUCAGGUGUGGACUUGAUGAACCACAGUGCUGCAUCUUCUAGUGUGCCCAUGGACGUGACCACAGACUCCAACGUGACACAGCCUAUCAUCAGGUCCGUGUUUGGGCGAUGUUUCAACACCACAUUUAAGAAACAGUCUUUACCGGGUUUUAAUAAAGUUUUGGCGUACGAUUCAGAUGGAAUGGAAGAUUCUGAUUAAUUAACAAAGCUAAUCGGUCAGCUUGAAUAAGUAAUCUUAUUACAAAAACAAAAAAAAUGCAACUAAUAUGAGUAGUACUUAAAGUAUUCUUUGUUGAUUGGUUAUAACCGAGGCAACUAUUGACGAACAAAUUCUAACCUUGUGAAUUUAAUAUCGUUGAUAAAUUAAAACGUGCCGAGUGGUGGUUUCAGUAACAUUUUUAUUGUAAGUACGUAAAAAAUUGUAUUUAAAACAAACUAUUGAGACAUAUUGUGUUUUCUCCAAUUACGCAUAUCUAAAAAUUGCGAACUUUUCCAAAUAUUAAGAAAAUUGCUUGAUUUUAUCAGUUUCAAUUUCAUAAACAAUACUAGUAACUUAUUAAUAGACAUUUUAUUAUUUAUGAAAUUAAGUUAGUUGAUCUGUUUUCUAAACGUAACCAAGAAAUAAAAUUUUGAAACUGAUAAAUUAAAUUAGUUUUAAAUUUUUUGAAGUGUUGGCACGUUGUAGAUAAAUGCCAUUAGAGUUUAAUCAGAAAAAUCUAGGUUUUUGGUGUGUAAUAUUUCUUCUUUAUUUAAUUGACAUUUGAUACAUUCAAAUGAGUCAUUAUAAAAACAAACUGAUCAUGAAUUGUAAUUUUUUUCAGGUACAUAAUUUUAUUUCUCAGAUUGAGAACAAAGAAAACGUAUUUGACAGUUUGAAAAGUUUUGAAACAGUGGUUAUAUUUUUGGCAUGGUACAAUAUCAUACAUCAAUCACAAAGUGGAACUACUAAUAAACCAUUAUAAAUGCUAUACAAACAAUUAUAAAUUGGUUGUUUUAGAUGAGUUUUGUUUCUUUUUCAAAAGUAAAAUGGUUAAGAUAAAAUAAUUAAUAAUUUUUGAGAAUAUGUAUGGUUUCAAAAAUUGUACAAAUAACACAAAAUUUUCCAUUUUGAUCUUCAUGAAUGAAACUUGCGACCAGUGGAACUGUGCAUUUCUACAUCCAUUUAUACUGGGUACUUUAAGAUAAACUAUAUCACGUUUACUUAUAUUUGAGUGAUUUUAAGCUGUUAAAUAGUCGUGUUUUUUACCAUAGCAAUACAUAAUUUAUUUUAUACAAAUAUUGUGUACAAAAUUUUCAAUUGUGAAACUGUGAUAAAACUAUUUAUAAAUAAAACAACAAAAUACA